AUGCGCAACCGUGGCAAGGCGGAAAAGGAACCCAAGGAAUCAAUAGCGGCAAGAGCUAGCAAAAACAAGAAGAACAAGAAGAAGAACAAGGAUGCUGCCAUCCCUGUCGCUGCUGCUUCGGCAUCGCCAGCGCCAGAGACCAAGAAGGAAGAGGAGGUCAAACAGCCAGUGGUGCAGGAUGAGCCUGUCGCUGUUCAGACGGCAUCACAAAAGAAAAAGGCCAAGAAGCAGAAGCAACAGCAGCAGACACCAUCUCAGGCCGAGGCCGCCAGCAACAAUGACACCUACGCUGAAGUUGCAGAGACAACCCCCGCGAUCAAUAACGAGACGAUUCGCGCAAAAGCAGAUGCAGCUCAAGCAGCCUUUACUGCCUCGCUCGGAGAUAUGCGCGAUGCCGACGUCGAUCCACUUCCUGCAGGGUACAGCUCGGUAGCUCGCAUCCCUGCUCCCCAGGCGGAAGCGCCCAGACCAAAGCUCUCCAAGAAGGAUCUCGAUGACGGAUGGUCCAGCGUAGGCGGUUCCAGUUCCUCUGCCACUGCCGCCAAGCUGAACGGAAACAGCACCGCGAGCAAACCCAGCAGCAACGGCGUCAAGACAUCCAUCGCUUCCACCAACCCAUUCGCUGCCCUUCCGGAUGACGCUACCACCUCUUCCGUCCGUCGCAUUCCCGCCAAGCCGACAAACACGCUCAACAAUAUCAACGGCGGCGGAUGGACUGUUGCCUCCCACACGGCAAAGCCGCGCAACGGCAGCACCACCACCAACGGCGUCUCAUCCACAGUAGCAGAGACCAAAAAACAGCGUUCCAACGCCAACAAGGCUCAAGCAAAGAAGCAAGCAAAAGACGAGGCGGAUCGUUUACAAGCGGAACGUCUCGCAAACCAUCGUAGGGAGCAAGCCAACGCAGCGGCAAAGGAGAGGGAGGCGGCAAAGAGGCCAACGCCGAGGAGCGUGCCCGGCAGCAGCGGCAAAGUGCCAAAUGCAAAGGCUAGCGUCGAUCUCAAUGGAAGGCUGGUUUGGGAUUGA